UAAUAUACCUAUGGCUCCGGAAACAAUGCCAGAAGCAACAUCUAUGUGUUAGAACAUGUUAAGCCAUGUAAAUACAUGGAGAAAACCAAACAAACAAUUAAAGUAAGUGAAAAAGUAAGUGCCUGUACGGGGCACCAAGACUUCUUGGGUAGGCCAUUGAGGUGACAAAUGAAAUUCUACCUAUAUCCUCCUGAGACCCGGCCUAUUAAUUUAUGUCCUCCAUAAUGAACAUUGUGUUCACCUGCACCUUUCUUAAGUAUUGAGUUACCCUAUCAAGCCCUAUAGUAUUCUGUAGAGGACAUCCAGGCCUUUCCAGUGAUGUGUCAUGUGAUGGCUUUGCAUGCUGGGAAGUUUAUUUUUUUCCUCUAUGAAGAUGUCUGCCAUACCAGCAACCACAUUUUAUGGAAAGAGGAGAAAUUCACACCUGUGCUACCUGAGCUUCCUGCCGAUCAAGAUGACCCUAAAAUCCGUGAACACUGGAGUCCAAUCCAGUACUUUUCACAGUACAUAGAUUACAAAAUAUUUGAGGAUCUGGCAGCUUUUACAAAUCAAAGACAGCUGCAAACUACAGGAGUGUCACUGAAUACUACUGCCCAAGAAAUCAAAAUUUUCUUUGGCAUAUCAAUAAACAUGGCAUGCCUUGGCUAUCCCAGGGUCAAAAUGUUUUGGGCUGAAAAGACUAAAGUGCCAGUUAUUAGCAGGAAGAUGACAAGAGAUAGGUUCCACAAGCUGAGGAGCUCACUCAAGAUUGUCAAUGACCUGGAUAUAACUGAAGAGGCAAAGGAGUCAGACAUUCUUUGGAGAGUCAGACCAUUGCUUGACCGUGUGAGGCAAGGUUGUCUCAGCCUUCCAAGGAGUGACAAGGUGUGUGUUGACGAGCAAAUCAUCCCAUUCACAGGCCGCUGCCCAGUCAGGCAGUAUGUCCCAGGAAAGCCAAACCCUACUGGCCUAAAGGUUUUUGUGCUUGCCUCGCCAAACGGUCUGGUCCUGGAUUUUGAGAUCUAUCAGGGCAAGAACACAUUCAGGGGUCAAAGACUGGGAGUUGGAGCUGCAGCAGUCUUGAGAAUGGUUGAGUCAGUUCCUACCGGACCUAAAGUGUUCUUUGAUCGUUAUUUCACAUCAAUCAAUCUCAUGGACGCUUUGCUCUCAAAGGGUCUCCCAGCAACUGGAACCAUCAUGAAGAACAGGGUUCCAAAGCAAUGCCAGCUGCCAGGAGAUAAGCAGCUGAGACAAGAAGGGAGAGGGGCUUCAGUGACGUUGGUCCGGAGGGGACCUGAGCUGGCAGUGACAAAAUGGUUUGACAAUAAACCAGUUCUGAUGGCCUCCACUGUCUAUGGGAGAGAUCCAGAGGAUAUCUGCAGGAGAUGGUCCAAAAAAGAAAAAUGUCAUGUCCAGGUGAGACGGCCAGCAGUAAUAAGGCAAUACAAUGACAACAUGGGUGGCGUAGACCUCUGUGACCGAAUGCUGAGCUUCUACCGCAUGUCAACCAGGACCAAGAAGUGGACGUCACGUGUGAUGACACAUUUCUUUGAUGUUGCCAUCACAAACUCUUGGAUCCAGUACAAGUCUGACAGCAAAGUGCUGAAUCGACCAGCUAAGAACACCCAGCAGUACCUGGACUUCAAAUUGCACCUGGCUGAAGAGCUGCUGGAUAGCCUUGCAUUUGAUGACAGCAGUGAAGACAGUGAGGAUGAGUAUCAGCCACCAACCAAAAAAAGAAUCCCACAACCAGAGCCAUCUGUACGCAGGCUAGGAGCCAGACAUAUGCCAGAGAUGAUGGACAUCAAACAUGCAGAAAGAUGCCGGAACAAGGGAUGCAACGGCAAAACAUACAUGAGGUGCACCAAAUGCAAGAUGUUCCUCUGCAUAACCAAAAAGAAAUCAUGCUUCCAGGAUUAUCACACCUAAAUUAUCCAGAAGAAGAAGAAAAUUAUACUUAUGAUAGUUAUGUUCUAU